GUUAGCUUAUCACUUCUGCACUUGGUGCAGUCAGGCGGUAAAGCUUUCUUCGAUUAUUUAUACUUGAAUAACAGCAAUAGGCUACGUGUAUAUAAUGGCUUCUGACAAGCCUGUGCAAUGGACGGACACCGGAUGGCGUAAUGAGAAGAAUACGACUCAGGAAAUUACAAAGUCAAAACGUGAGAAGAGCAUCGUUGUCAAACCUAUCUCUAAACAACCAAGAAGCCUCUAACGCUAGUCCAUUGCUCAUGAAGAAAAAUGAUUCAGAAACUUCUUCAGUUAAACGUCAGAACCCAUUUGCAAAAAAAAGGCCGGCUUCCGAAAGCGCAGAUGCAAUCAAGAAGAGAAUUUUAUCUUCUUCAGAAUACGAACGAAAUGUUGAAAAUAUUCCUCAGAAAAUACUGCUGAAUCAGCCAGAUGAAAUUUUGAAAACCAAUGAAGGCACAUAUCAAAGCAAUACCAACAACUCAAACUCCAGUCACAUCAUCUCAGACUCCAACCACCACAAUUCCAACCAAACCGAAGCCAAAGAUCCCGCAAUGCCGUUUGUAUAUUUGGAAGAAGACUCGAUCCAAGGCAUAUUUACUAACACGAGAACCGAAGCGAAUACGCAUGUCGGAUCAGAGACUUUACCAAUGGAUUGGACAAUCAAACGUAAAGCUAGAUUCCUGUCAAAGUCAACGUUCGCUUGGUGCAGUAGGAUAAAAGGGGCCGAAGAAGCAAACGCGAUCACACAAGCCACUAGAUGUCACCAUAAUGUCAUCGAAAGUAAACCCUACUUCGGUCCAGUUCCCGAUAGCCUGCAGAAAUCUUGGAGAAUGGAAUUGAUGAAAAGCAUCACUUAUUGGCAACAACCAUGUGUACCAUGGCUCACAUUGUAUCCACGAUAUGGCCAGCAGCAGAAACUCCAUAACUCUGCAAUGCCAGCGAUUCCGCAAACCGAAGAUGUUACAAAAUCAUUCUACGAAAACUGGGUAACAUCGUUCAGAUCAGCGUACCAGCUCGUGAGAGAAAAAUUAUGUCCAUAUUUCUACGUUUGCGCGCAACAAUAUACUGCGUUGUUUCGAGCGGCAUCUGUUUCAGGGGAAAAUGAGAUCAGCUGUUUAUUAACACCGACUACGACUGGUUUGAGACUAUCUUUAGAAAAGGAGGGAAUCGAGUUUACGUUGCCGCUUCUAAAAACUAAAAAAGUGGAAAAUACGACUGAAAAGAAUGAAAAUAAAGAAAAUGAACAAACCACCACAAAUAGUAGUAUAAACGAAACUGAUAAAAUCGAAGAUCGAACCAAGGAGUCGCAGUCAGAGGAUGAUGCAACUUGGGAUAUGAUAAGUGAAAAUAUACAAAUGAGCACGACGAAAGAUUUACGGCAAAACGCCCACACGGAAACAUCAGUGCGUAACGUAGUUUAUGUCAAAGGAAACACUAAUACACAACUGCUUUUCAAUUAUCUUCUAAACUCGAAGAGCAGUAUUCAAAGUUCAGGGGUUCAGUCCCACGCCCCUACUAUUUUAUCUCCUGUGGCAUUCCAAGGUGCGAGCUUACAGAAAUUGAGCAUCCGUAGCGGAAUUGCUCGUACUUUCACUGAAGCUUCCUUGAACCGGGGUCAAGGGUCAUCAAACAGGGGUCAAGGUUCAAAUGACGGACAAAAUAAAUUUUCAUUGGACAUAACUGGACCGCUUCUACCGCAUAGUGUUAUAGGAAUUCUAGAAUUGUUGAAAAAAACGCAAAGUCCGUCAGGAUUCCAAGCAGCGUUUAGUUCGUCAAUGUUUACGAUGCCUUUCAACUCUUGUAUUACUGAAAGAAAGAAUUUAGAGAAUGGAAAGGAAGGAAUGAUUGCUGAAAAUACUGAAUUUCAGCAGGAACAUGAUGAAAACAGCCAGACUUCAUUUAAUCCAUGCAAUAGCUCCCCAAAAAAAGUAUUCGGGAAUAAAAUUUCUGAAAAUCCCCAAUUAAUAUCAAAAUCUGAAAAUUUUGGGUUGUCUGAUACUUGUCUGCUUCAAUUCAAAAAUGCUGACUCAGCAGAUUUUGAAUGCUUAAACCAAGUUACAUUGAAUAAUAGUUUGUACACAUGGAACACAUAAUGGGAUUUUCAUAUUUAUCCAGGGGUAUAAGAAAGAUGACAAGAGAGCUACGCCCAAGUAUAUGGACACGUCUGUUUGCAGUACAGUAUGAUUUACCGUACCGUCAGAUCACAGUCUACA